AUGAGGCCGCAACGGCAUGUGAGCGUGCUGCUGGGAGCUGUGGCUACUUGCAUCGCGCAAUCAACAAAUUCUACCUAUCAAAACCCCAUCAUCAGUGGUUUUCACCCUGACCCCAGUUGUAUCUUUGUCCCAGAAUUCAAUGACACGUUCUUCUGCGUCGCCUCAAGCUUCCUGGUCUUCCCUGGUCUUCCCAUCCAUGCUUCUCAGGAUCUUGUGCAUUGGAAGCAUGUUUCCAAUGGCUUUUCUCGAGCUGAUCAGCUCCCGGGUUUGGCUUUCCUGCCCAAAGCUACCAGUGGAAUCUAUGCUCCCGCUCUGCGUUAUCAUGAGGGGACUUUUUAUCUCAUGUCGACAUUGGUGAACCAGCAAGCACCACGGACUAAUGACUCCCGCUGGGAUAAUUUCCUGAUUACGACAAGUGAUCCUUACAACUCGGACGCUUGGUCAGACCCUGUGCAUUUCAGCUUCCCCGGAUUUGAUCCAUCGCCAUUUUGGGAUGUGGAUGGGAACACUUGGGUAUCAGGCGCACAUACCGCUGCCUACUAUCCUGGCGUCAUGCAUGCACCGCUGAAUUUUGAAACAGGAGAAAUCGGGGACAUUAUAAUGCCUUGGAAUGGAACUGGCGGAGCAUCUCCCGAAGGUCCUCAUAUCUGGAAGCGAGACGAUGGUUGGUACUACCAGCUAAUCGCCGAGGGUGGGACUAGGGAGAAGCACAUGGUGACAAUGGCACGCGCGAAGACACUUCAGGGGCCUUGGGAACCAGCACCCGGCAAUCCCCUGCUUACCGCCGCCAACGAUACUUCAUCGUACUUCCAGGCCGUAGGACACGCAGACCUCUUCCAAGAUCCCAACGGAAAUUGGUGGGCGUCUGCAUUAGCUGCUCGAGCGGGUGGUUCUUAUGGCGAAGCUCCCGGCCCCUAUUUUGGUAACCUACCCAUGGGCAGGGAGACGGUCUUGACACCCGUGACAUGGAAUGAAGGCGAAUUUCCAGUCUUUGAUCCAAUAAAGGGUAACAUGACUGGCUGGCCACUGCCGUCUGCAUCUGUGCCCGAGCAAGGGGAGGGCCAGCUCAGCGAUGCCGACGACCACGUUAUAUUUCCCCCCGGUAGCAGCCUCCCUAUCCAUUUUAUUCAUUGGAGGUUACCCAAAAAGCAAAAUUACAUCGUGUCUCCGCCUGGGCGACCCAACACCCUCGCCUUGAAGUCUUCAGUUCUCAAUCUCACUGGCUUUGAUGGUGAUUAUGCACUGGGUCGAGGUCAGACGUUUGUGGGGAGGAGGAUGGCGCACUCGUUAUUCAAGUUCCGGGUGAACAUUGAACUCCACAAAUCAUUCAGCAAGGAGGAAAUGGAAGUGGGUGUAUCGGUCAUUCAAGAUCAGGCGCAACAUUGUGAUAUCGGUGUGGUGAUACUCGACAGAGACAGUCACGGAUGGGGGAACAACUCAUACUCGGGCAGCAACAACGCAAACAGCUACACCAACGGUACUGGGCACCUGGUACCCCAUAUUCGAUUCCGCGGGCAUUCAGAGACGAUGUAUCGCGGGCGAUCUGAUAUCCGCACUGAAGUUAUUGAGGUGCCGCGAGAGUGGGCUGGAUCGAAGCUGACCCUACAGGCAGAAGCCAUCAAUAGUACGCAUUUCGCGUUUUCAGCAGGGCCUGGAGAUGGUAAAAAGGGAGGGGAAGCUGAGCUGCGAGUUCUGGGCUACUGCCAAGGUCGCGACUUGGUGCCAUAUUAUUCUGGCGCGGUGGUCGGAGUGUAUGCAACAUCAAAUGGUAAACAUGGGGAGCGGGCGUUUGAGACUUACGUGUCGAAUUGGCGUUAUCAGGGAAUUAUACAGCUUCGAAGCCAGGAAGAUGUAGACGAAGCUGACUCGGUAUCACAAAGCCUAUGA